AUGAUUGCCAAAGAAGCUGACCUUGUCCCCCGUGAUGAGAGUACCGGCGAAGUUGAUCAUAUGCGUCCUAUGAAGGUCGUCGUUAUCGGUGCAGGAAUUUCCGGUAUCCUUGCAGCCAUUCGCUUCACUCAGCGUAUCCCUAACUUGGAUCUCGUCGUGUAUGACAAGAACCCUGAAGUCGGCGGUACUUGGUAUGAGAAUCGGUAUCCAGGAGUGGCAUGUGAUGUCCCGUCCCACGUGUACCAAGCAUCAUUUGAACCGAACCCCAGCUGGUCCCAGUUCUACUCAUCUGGUGGUGAAAUUCUCGAAUACUGGAAAGGAAUCGUCGAGAAGUACGAUGUGCGCAAGUACAUGAAACUCAACAACAAGAUUGUGGAGGCAAGGUUCGAUGACUCACAGUCCAAGUGGCAUGUGGUCGUUCAGAACUGCGUUACUGGGGAGGUUAUUGAAGACAGCUGCGAUGUUUUGUACGCAUGCAUCGGGGCAUUGAAUGAUUGGAAGUGGCCUGACAUCCCAGGUCUUAAAACCUUUAAGGGCAAGCUCCUCCACAGUGCAUCGUGGGAUGAGCGCUGGAACCCAGAGGGUCUUUCUGUCGCGGUUAUUGGCUCUGGUUCAAGUGCGAUCCAAAUUGUCCCAGCUAUUCAGCCGAAGACCAAGCGAAUCGAUAAUUAUGUUAGGGGUCAAACCUGGAUCGCUCCCCCAUGGGCCCAGGAUGAAGUUCGCAAGCACACGGCCGAAAGUGCUAAUUUCAACUUUACGCCAGAGGAAAUCAAGGAGUUCAAAGAAAAUCCAGAGACGCUCUUGGCAUAUCGCAAACGGCUGGAGACAGAAGUGCAGUCGAUGACGAAGUAUCUUCUGCGUGGCGAGCUUGCAGAGCAGGCAGCUUCUGAUUUCAAGGAACACAUGACCACAAAAUUGCUUAAGAAGCCGGAGAUCCUUGACAAGAUUCUCCCAUCUUUUGCCCCCGGUUGUCGACGUAUUACACCUGGUCCUGGAUAUCUUGAAGCGUUAAGCGAGGACAAUGUGUCUUUCAUCUCGGAUGCGAUCUCCCACGUUACAGAAGAGGGGAUUGUCACGAUCGAUGGUACACUAAGGAAGGUCGAUGCCAUUGUCUGUGCAACGGGUUUUGACACUAGCUUUUCCAAGCGAUUUCCAAUUUAUGGAAGCGGCGGUCUCGACCUGUGCGAGAGAUGGAAGCAGUACCCUGAUACUUACAUCAGCCUAAGCACACACGGCGCGCCGAAUCUCUUCUUUGCCCAUGGCCCAAGCUCUGGAAUUGGAGUUGGAUCUCUUGUCAUUGUCCUCGAACGAACUUGCGAUUAUGUCUGCUCCGUUAUCGCGAAAAUGCAAAAAGAUCGCAUCGCAACAAUUCAGCCGAAGCGAGAAAGCUGUGACUCAUUCAAGAGAUAUUGCGAGCAGUUUUUCAAGAAAACAGUGUUCUCGCUACCUUGUCGCUCCUGGUACAAGCGAGGGACUGAGAAUGGUCCCGUCACUGCUCUCUGGCCUGGAUCGUCUAUCCACUUUGUGAAGGUCUUGGAGAAGCCCCGCUUCGAAGAUUACGACUACACGUAUAUCAGUGGAAAUGAUAUGGCGUGGAUCGGUAACGGCUUGACUGUAGGGGAGUCUGAUUCCAGUGUGGAUAUGGUUGAGUAUCUUCACCCGGAAAACAUUGAUUUCCCACGGUUCUAA